AUCUGUCGAUGAAAUUUCGUGGUCGUCGCGUCGGCGGGCAGCCAGCGCACAUCCCGCGCCGCGCCGCACCCCCUUGACUCCCGGCGACGUCGCUAGCCCGCGGCCGCUCCACGCUUACAUCCGACCGCCAUAGCUAGCGCUAGUACAGCGAGCGAGUCCCGGGGCCGCGGGGGGCAGGCCAGGAUGAACGGCCCCCCGUCGGCGGCGUCGCGGGGGGCGCGCGAGUGACGGGGGCGCGCGCGGUCGGCGCAGGCGCGCGGGGCCCCGCGCUAGUCUCGCGGCCGUCGCCAAACUGCGCGCACGUGAGCGCGUUGCGUUCAGCCUCAACAAUCAGCUGAUCGGCGCGCGCCCCGCGGCGCACAUGCCGUGAGGUUGCGUCCGCCGUCAUGACGGGCUACGCCCGCGGGGAGGCUGAUUUUGCCGCCGCUGACCGUUUUCGCCGGGAUGCACGGCCUGCCUCGCUCGCCCCCAAGGACUACUCGGUGCCUUUACACGUAGACUGCAGUAUCGAAUACGAGCUUCCCGACUGUGCCAAGCCGCCGCAGGGCGUCAAGAUCGAGCCUCUGCUCAUGAUCCACCCUUCACAUUUCCGAAGGCUCGAAAGCUUGCGGCGUGUGCCGUUCGUGAACAACUUGCCGCGAGGAGAUGCGGCCGCGGCCGCCGCCGUGACCCCGAGCAGCCGCGCGCGGGUGCCCCGCCAGGCCCGGCGCUGCUGCCGGGCGGCGCCCGCUCCGCCCGCGCCCCCGCCGCAGCCGGUGCCAGCAGCGGCGGCCCGCGCUCGCGCUCCCGCCGAGGAGCCGGCGCAUCCCUUGGCGUGCUACCGGUUCGAGUCGUACGCAGCGGACGGCGCGGGCGGCAAGCUGGCGGCCCGCGCGCGGCUCAAGCCGCACCCCUACCUGCCGCCGGAGGCGCUGGACUGUGAUAUAGCGCGCGCGCUGCCGCCCGCCGCCGCGCACUACGACCGCUUCGACAAGCGAGCGCUGCAGCAGCUGCCAAUCUACAUGUAGCCGAGCGGUGCCGGAGCGGGCCCCGGUCUCUGUGAUGUUUCGUUGUAAUUAGUUAGUGAUAAGUGGCGGCGACCGUGCCGACGUGGCCCCGGGCCGCGGCCGGCACGCUCGUCUGUGUUCGGGCGGCUCUCGCCCUCGCGUCGACUCGUUCGCGAACGAACCUAAUACCAAAUAGUACCUAUGUAUGUUGAUAUUGUUUAAACGUUGAUUUAUGUGUUGUUGUACCGGACGAUUAUGAUGUGUUGUUUCGCCGAGGACCCGAACGAUUCGUGUUAUUGUUUCGCUCGAUCCCGACCGAGCGCUCCGGCCGUGGCUCCGGCCAGGCUGGUCGCUCGACGGAGCGUCGCCGACGCUAGUGCAUACCCACCAACGAAAAUAUUUAUUCGCAAACGCAGUAACCGACGCUUCAACAUUUAUUAUUGUACCGUCGCCGACUCCUUGCGUUUUUCUGUAUAAGAUAUCAUAUCGAUAAUUAUAUGUUCAAAAAUUGUAUAAUAAUAAAUAUGUACCUAUAGAGUAAAAAAAUGAAAGUGAGAAAAAUAUGAAUAAUAAAACUAGACAUAGUUAUGUUUUGGAAUAGGUGAUGAGUUCUAGAGCAGUCCCGGACGGUAAUUAGAAUCGUACCUCUAAUCUCAUUUUGUAAGCGGUUAUGUUUGUUAAAAUUAUAUAUAAAGAGUCCUCUGAUGAAUAGUCUGAUUAACGAAUAUUCGGCAUGUAAAAGUCUUUAUAAAACGCUUACUUAGCAUAUCAUAGUAUUAUAUUGUGUCAUAGUCCAAUGCCAAAAAUAUAACUAUCUUUUUAAAAAAAUCCCUAA